CAUAUAUAUAUAUAUUCUAUAUAUAUUCUUAGCUGUAUAAUUUCAAGGUGUUCCUCUGUCAAAAUAGCACAUCGGUAAUAAUAGAGUUUCUGACUUGUUACUACUAUGCCACCCAGCCCGUCCAUUUAACUCCAGUCCGGGUUUUGUGAUUGUCCACACGGACGGAGAGGCUUAUUCCUUCCUUUGUGUUUGAACCACGUUAGUGUGCUCUUAGGGACACCGGAGAGAAACAUUUCCGUCUGCCCCUUUUUAUAGUUCACUCAUGUCCACAGGGCUGGAAGCCGACUUCUCCAGUGAUGAGGUGUUUAUCAGCCGGUUUCCCAUCCACCGCGCCUGUCGGGAUGGAGAUGUCGGGGCUCUGAUGUCAUUGUUAGAGCAGCUGUCAAACCAGGCUCAUCUAACCACUGAAGACUCUCGUUAUGGAUGGACGCCCAUGCACUGGGCUGCGUAUUGUGGACAGCUGGAGUGUGUGGUGCACCUGGCGCAGAUGGGUUGUGAGGUGAACAUGGUGACCAGUCGCUUCAACCAGACGCCAACGCACACGGCAGCAUUUGGAGGACAUCCUCAUUGUGUGGUGUGGCUGACUCAGGCUGGAGCCGACAUUGACAAACAGGACUUUUUAGGUGAGGCUCCCAUUCACAAGGCAGCUCGGUCAGGUAGCUUGGAGUGUAUUCAGGUCCUCUUGAUAGCAGGUGCCAAACCACAUUUAAGGAAUGCCAGUGGGCAGACGGCGGCGGACCUGGCCCAGGCUCACGGCUUCCACGACUGUUUCUGUUUAAUCUCAGACGACCAGAAGCAUCUGCACCAGCAAAGUGAAAACAGCUUAUUCAGCAGAAAGAGGCAGCUGGCUGCCACUGACGCCAGACACAUGAAGAAAGCCAGGAGAGCUGACACUUUCUUUAUCACUGCUGGAGGGGUGAUGGUGCAGAUGCAGAGCAGCACAGGUGAAGAGGUGGAGAGCAUGAACGUGGAGUUUGCGCAGGAACACAGCUCUGACGACAACGCCAAAGCUGUCCCCAAUAGACAUCAUCACAAACCGCCUUGUAAUCAGGAUGACCCUAAGCUACCUCAAAGCACCCGCCCACCAUCCCCUCCCGUGGCCGGUAGUCGCCAGAUGGCGACGGCUUCUCCUCAGCGCCCGUCGGCCGAAAUGUGCGGCUCUCUGCAUCUGACCAACAGCUCCGGCAGCUGCGUGUCCCACCCGCCGGCGUGGUGGGGAAUAAUGGGAGCAGACUGUGGCGAUUUCUUGCAUUAUGGACACUACCACGGGUUUGGAGACACAGCAGAGGAGCUGAGUGACGGCAGCCGCCCGGAAUACAGCAGCAUCCAAGCAGAGCACGGGUACAAGAAGGGCGUGGCCAGCAUCGUCCAUCUGUAACAUUUCUCAUAAGCCAUUUUCUUACAUCCACUAAAUUUCAAAGGAUCGCUGACAUUUUGAAAGGUUUAUCCUUUUCUGUUAGUGGUUAUAAUAUAACUGCUGCUCAACAUAUACUGCACCCUAAUAAAUGUAGUUUAUAGUCAUUUAAAAUUCAUCAGAUCCUCUAUUUUCUUUUUUCAUUACAGCGCAGAACAACAGUGUGCGCUGAAAUUAAAUUAUUUUAGUCCUUUAGAACAUCUAAUUAAGCUCUCAGGAAGUGAAUGCGGUGUUAAAAUUCCAAUCCAAAUCCAAAAGCCUCUGCUUCUGUCCGUCCAGACUAAAACAUGGGCCUGUGUUUUUUCAAAGUUUGGUGGUCCUUGUGAAAGAAGCCGAAGCAAGGGCCAGGUGUUUUCUGUAUUAUCAGAAAUGAUAUGUGAUGUUUGGAUAGUAAAGUCCGUUCAUUUAUGUAUUUUGUACGUUAUGACUUAAAUUGCAUAGCCUUGAUCUACCAAAGGGAAUGUUAUCAGUUUUUUUGUGUGUUUACGUGUUUGUUAUUUAUGUUUCGUAGCAGAUAAGUGUGUUUUUUUUUAAAGCUGUAAAGUAGUUUUAUAAAGCAUACUUUUUUUUCUAUUUUCUGUUGUCAUAAAAAGAGUGUGUGCUGAGGACAUGCUGUCUCUACACUAUGUAAGCUGUACGGAAUAUGCACUGUGUGCCAAUAACUGCCUUACACCAAACAGCAAGUUUUCUACGGUGUCUUCUGGUUUUUCAUAAUAAAACCUGUUUUACAUUUUCAUACAAA